GUAUUAUUGUCCCAAACACACACUCUCAGUUUACUCAGUGCUUCAUAAAAGACAAAAAAAAGUAUUUUGUCUCCAGCACAGUUGUUUAUUUGACCGUCUAUUGUCAAUGUAGCUUAAAACAAACAAGAAAAAGAUGCUGAGACACAUUUUUGAUGCCAUACAGUAACUUCACCCUGUUAAACUUACAUGUCUCAUGGUUUCUGCUGUGUUUUGUUUCCAGCCAUCGAUGAAGGCAGGCGACACUUUUCUGUCAUAACUUCACAGUUUCAAUUCAUUUUUUUCACAGUUUUUAUGCAUUUUUCCAGUUUCCACAUGAAGUAGCUCGAAUUUAGAUGCCAGAAAUUCAAAAUAAAAGCACAAAUACAAAAAUAAAAUAUUGUUUUUUUGCACAUUUUAAUGGGAAAAGUUGGAAAAUUGACAAAGAGAAAAUCCAAUCACCUUCGCCUCCACCAGGAAAUAGAAACGAUUCUUUCCGAGGGUCGACUCAAUCAACGAGACUGUUUCUGCCCCCGUUUAUUGAUUGUUUGGUAUCCUCAGAGAGGUCAGAGGUCAGCUGGAUAUAAUAAAGAUUUACUGUACAACUCAACACGUCAUCGCUUCGUUCGCCCACCUCCGUAUGAUACCGUCGAACAAGCCGGACCUGUUUCAACCUCCUGCGUGACACAAGCAAAUUAUUAUCCGCCCCUUCAUGAUUCGACCCUCAGGGAAGUAAUUAACCAGAAGAGACUGGAGACAGGAAAAGUGUGGAAAGGAUGAGGAGCUCAUGAAUAUCAGGAUAAAACUCCCCCGGACGAGACCUAGAAAACCUUCCACAGUCGAUGAAAAGAGCCGUGAGGAGAAGAGAGAGGAGCGUGUGGUGUGUGCUGAGUGCUAGACAGAAGCACAGGGCAGGAAACGAGACUGAAAGGAUGAAGACAGCAGGAAACCAGGUGAAACCAUGCGGCUGGGCGCUGCUCCGUAGCCUCCCCUGUCCCUCGCCUCCCACCUGAUCACCUCUCAUCCUCCAUCUCUUCCCCCCCCCCCCCAGCCUCCUCCCUCUUUCUUCCUUCCUUCUCUUUUCUCUCUUUUACUCUCCUCCUGUUCGCCAUGACGACCACCCUGGAGACGCUGCUGCUGGCCCAGUCCAACCAGGAGCUGAGCCCCGAGCGGCUGGACAGCUGCGAGGACUCCAGCGGCCGCUAUAAGGUGGUUCCCUCCGUCGUCUGCUCCAUGUGCUGCCUCUUCGGCAUCAUUUACUGCUUCUUCGGUUACCGCUGCUUCAAGGCGGUGAUGUUCCUGACCGGCCUGAUGUUCGGCUCCGUCGUCAUCUUCAUGCUCUGCUACAAGGAGCGCGUGCUGGACACCCAGCUGAGCGUGGAGGCCUCGGUGGGCAUCGGCCUGGGCAUCGGCACGCUCUGCGGCCUGGUCACCAUGCUGGUUCGCAGCGUGGGCCUCUUCAUGGUGGGCCUGCUGCUGGGCCUGCUGGUGGCCGUGGCCACCUUGGUAGGCAUGGAGGAGCUUUCCGACAGCCCGCCGCGCUCCGUCUGGGUGCCCCUGGGCGUGCUGCUUGGCCUAGGCAUGCUCUUCGCCGUGCUCACCCUGCAGUGGCAGCGCCUCUUUACCACGCUGUCCACGGCGGUGUUUGGGGCGGCGGUCAUCACUGUGGCGUUGGACUACUUUGUGGAGCUCUUCGCCCUGGUGCUGUACAUGUAUGAGCGGAUGAAAGCGGCGCCUGCCAAGCCGGUGUGCUGGCUGACGUGGGUGGUGCUCGGGGUGUGGCCUGCCCUCACCCUGCUGGGUGUCAUAGUCCAAUGGAAGGUGACCGCUGAGGGAUACUCCCAUACCAAGGUGAUCAUCAGCCGGCAGCAGAGGAGGAUGCAGGUGAUGCGGAUUCGACAGCGGGACGACCGCUAUCGCAAUAAGAAGAAGAAGAAGCAGCAGCACGGCUCCUCCUCCCACCAUCAGCACCAGGCCAAGCAACUGCACCAGGAGCCCGCCUACCGCCGCAAACCCAACCCCAUCCGCCGCUACGACACAGAUGUCCUUUCGCCGAGCUACAUCCAGAGCUUCAGAGAACGGCAGGUGCAGGCUCAGCCCUUCCCGGCUCGGCUGGUCGGCGGACCUCACGCCGUCGUGGAUGUGGGCUACGACUGCGGCUCCACGACGCCCCUCACUGGCGCUGCAGGACCUUCGCUACGGGUCUGACCACUCCUCCUCUUCCUCCUUCUCCCAGAAGCCUGAACACACCACUAAACAGGGAGAUACAUGACUCUACAAUCACUUACCCACCUGGGUGUCAUCACGCCUGUGCUACAAAAACAACAACCACCACUGGUGCAAAGAUACUGGGUUUAAAUACACACAAUCUGGGUUUAGCCACACCCCUGUACAGUAUGUUUGUAGGGCUGGAUUUACCCAAAAUGCAAAACAUGUUUAACCCUUUACUAAUUUAAUCUUUGACUCUGAGGCUCUGUUCUCCUCAUGGGAGCCGUCAGUAUGGUGCAGAGGUCUGUUUUGACCUUUUUUCACUUGUCUUUCAGUCGAUACAAACGCACAGAUGCAUGCAUGCACUUACACAAAACACACACCGCAGCUACAAUCUUAAGGGUUGACAUGGAAACCUGAAGCAGCCUGCCGUACCGGGCCCCGGGCCUGUAUGUCACCGUCUCAAGUCAAACCAGAUCAGGGAUCAGAGUUUCAGUACAAACCUGCCGCAGCAGGAUCUAACACAGACAUUGUAUAAAGAAAUCACCCAAGUUCAGCUUGCUUUAGUUUUUCAACUGCAAAAGCAGCAUCUCUUCCCUCAUUAGGCCUCCAAAAACCCAACGAAGAUCAUCUCUGAAGGGAAGUAAGGGCCCUUAAAUGCAAACCGGGGUCCGUUAUUUGCUUUCUGUGCCAUCUGGACUACAAAAACCCUUCUUGAAACGGGGAGAGACGUCUUUAACGUCCUUUUUAAAGGUGGGGAAAUCCUUCGUCACCCAUGGUGCUGGACUAUACACCUCUUCAAGCAUCAAACUGCUCUUCGAAGGCCGGGGGGAUUCUGCUUUAACAGGUGCCUUGCCCCUCCUCGGACUGCACCAUUCAGCAACAGGAGGGGGGUUACUGACAGAUCUCCGAAGAAUGGCUUGUUUUUGCAUUAAAUGUGAUCACAGAAGGAGACUUGACGAACAGGGUAAAAUUUCGGAGUCGACUUGUUGGCUUGUCGUCUUCACAGAUGCCUGGAUGUAUGAGGGGGAUUUGCUUUCAGUCGACAGCGAGAAAGCCAUAUUUACACUGGCACCUCAUGAGAUAUUUCACCCAACAGACACAUAUGUAAAAAGAUAUUGAGGAUUUCUGAGUGCUGGAAAUCUCAAUCCCUGAAUUUCAUUCACGAGAUUACUCCAAGAGAUUAUUCACGCUGCUAAGCAGAGUAGUAGUAAUAUAUUUAUUCUAUAGCUAAAAUUAAUAAUUUAUCCCAUUUUUCCCAAAAUGCUGAAGUUUUCCUUUUAAAAUCAGAUGAGUUUGGGAUGUUUUUCUCUCCUUCAACCAUCUAACAUUGAGAGAAACUUUCAAGCUAAAGCUCCUUUUGCUCUGGCAGAAGAACGCCGUCUUCCUUUUUUGUGCUGUAAAGCAACGCAGCAGAUUUUUAGCUGAAAUCUUGAAAGUUUUAAAAAUGCAGUAGACAGGUCAGUCAUCUUCUCUGAGAUGGUCAUGUUUGUGUAAACCUAACAGUGUAAUUCUCCACUUGCACAAUGUAGUGUGACGUAUAUCCGAACUUUUAUGAACUGAACGUCUCGUUUGCUUCCGGUCAACCUGCUGUCAACUC